AUGGAAGGAGGUAAUCUGGAGGCCCAAAUAGAGGCGUUGUUGAAUGUGGAGAAGCAGAUGAGACUCAACGGCGAUGUGGCCGGAACCAGGAAGGCAGUCACUGAAAUUCUUCAACUGUGCUUCGAAGCUCGUGCUUGGAAAACCCUCAAUGACCAGAUUGUAUUGUUAUCCAAGCGACGUGGUCAAUUGAAGCAGGCAGUAACUGCGAUGGUCCAGCAAGCAAUGCUAUAUAUUGAUGACACACCAGAUCUUGAAACUAAGAUAGAGCUCAUUAAAACCCUUAACAGUGUAUCUGCAGGGAAGAUAUAUGUUGAGAUUGAGAGGGCCCGUUUAGUCAAGAAACUUGCAAAGAUUAAGGAAGGACAAGGGCUUAUAGCUGAGGCUGCUGAUUUGAUGCAAGAAAUUGCGGUGGAAACAUUUGGUGCAAUGGCAAAAACAGAAAAAAUAGCUUUCAUUCUUGAACAAGUUCGUCUAUGUUUAGACCGCCAAGAUUACGUGCGUGCACAAAUCCUCUCAAGAAAGAUAAGUCCAAGAGUUUUUGACGCUGAUACUAAAGAAAAGAAAAAACCCAAAGAGGGUGAAAAUGUUGUAGAAGAGCCUCCAGCUGAGAUACCAUCGCUGUUGGGGUUGAAACGGAUCUACUAUGAAUUAAUGAUAAGAUAUCACUCACAUAGCAAUGACUACCUCGAAAUGUGCCGUUGUUACAAGGCAAUAUAUGAGACGCCCUCUGUCAAAGAAGACCCAGCUCAGUGGAUACCGGUGCUGAGGAAAAUAUGCUGGUACUUGGUUUUGUCACCACAUGAUCCUAUGCAAUCAAGCCUUCUAAACUCUACCUUGGAGGACAAGAAUCUUUCUGAUGUUCCUCAUUUUAGGCUGCUGUUAAAACAGUUAAUUACUAUGGAGGUCAUUCAGUGGACAGUUUUGUGGAAUAAAUUCAAGGAUGAGUUUGAAAAUGAAAAGAACAUGCUUGGUGGGCCUUUAGGUGACAAAGCAGGUGAAGAUCUUAGAGAGAGAGUAAUAGAACAUAACAUUCUUGUUGUCUCAAAGUAUUAUUCACGGAUUACCUUGAAUAGACUUGCAGAUCUGCUGUGUCUCAGUGUGCAGAUAUAUGUUGAGAUUGAGAGGGCCCGUUUAGUCAAGAAACUUGCAAAGAUUAAGGAAGGACAAGGGCUUAUAGCUGAGGCUGCUGAUUUGAUGCAAGAAAUUGCGGUGGAAACAUUUGGUGCAAUGGCAAAAACAGAAAAAAUAGCUUUCAUUCUUGAACAAGUUCGUCUAUGUUUAGACCGCCAAGAUUACGUGCGUGCACAAAUCCUCUCAAGAAAGAUAAGUCCAAGAGUUUUUGACGCUGAUACUAAAGAAAAGAAAAAACCCAAAGAGGGUGAAAAUGUUGUAGAAGAGCCUCCAGCUGAGAUACCAUCGCUGUUGGGGUUGAAACGGAUCUACUAUGAAUUAAUGAUAAGAUAUCACUCACAUAGCAAUGACUACCUCGAAAUGUGCCGUUGUUACAAGGCAAUAUAUGAGACGCCCUCUGUCAAAGAAGACCCAGCUCAGUGGAUACCGGUGCUGAGGAAAAUAUGCUGGUACUUGGUUUUGUCACCACAUGAUCCUAUGCAAUCAAGCCUUCUAAACUCUACCUUGGAGGACAAGAAUCUUUCUGAGGUUCCUCAUUUUAGGCUGCUGUUAAAACAGUUAAUUACUAUGGAGGUCAUUCAGUGGACAGUUUUGUGGAAUAAAUUCAAGGAUGAGUUUGAAAAUGAAAAGAACAUGCUUGGUGGGCCUUUAGGUGACAAAGCAGGUGAAGAUCUUAGAGAGAGAGUAAUAGAACAUAACAUUCUUGUUGUCUCAAAGUAUUAUUCACGGAUUACCUUGAAUAGACUUGCAGAUCUGCUGUGUCUCAGUGUGCAGGAAGCUGAAAAGCAUCUUUCAGAUAUGGUUGUAUCUAAAGCGCUGGUGGCAAAGAUUGACAGGCCAAUGGAGUUGUCACCAAAUCCACAAGGAAAUGAUGGUUCACAAAGCUGCCUUGAAAGUUUGAAAUGUUCAUUUGGCCAAGUCUGCAGGUUGGCCUUUGUUUUCCUCAGUUUUGAGGGCCAAGAGUGGGAACCAAAAUGGGGUCUCUUGUAG